CUUCGUCCUCGACAACUCUUUGCGACUUUCCUCUCCCCGGCUAGAAACAUCAUGUUCCUCCCGACCGAAAGCGUCUUAAUAAUCAUCCUCUUUAGCAUCUCCGUAAAACCGUCAGCGUCAUCCCCCGGUGAGCGACUUUUCUUGACCCCGAUGAUCGAAUCUGGGGAACAUGAUAAAGCGCAGCAAGCCGCGAGGGUCUCGAUGUCUCAAGGCGUUGAGGGUUUCUCAGGGUUCAUCACAGUCGACAAAACCAACGAGGCGAACCUGUUCUUCUGGAUGUUCAAGCCUCUCGACAGGCAGGUGGACUGGGAGGAGGCCCCGGUCAUCAUCUGGUUGCAGGGCGGCCCCGGAGCCUCCUCGCUCUUCGGGCUGUUCACCGAGAUCGGUCCCUUCUUCGUCAGCGAGGCGCUCGUGCCGACAAGGCGCAAAUAUGCGUGGUGCCAGAACUACAACCUCCUCUUCAUCGACAACCCGGUCGGCGCCGGCUUCAGCUUCGCGACGAGGGAGGCCGGGUACACCAAAACCGGGGACGACGUAACGAGACACCUCUACUUGUUCCUGCUCCAGUUCUACCGGAUGUUCCCGCAACUGGCCGGGAACCGGUUGUUCCUCAUGGGACAGUCUUAUGCCGGCAAGUUCAUCCCAGAGCUCGCUAAAUUUAUCCACGAGCGCAACGUGGAAUUUUUAAACCACAAGAGAGAGCUUUCAAAGCACGGCAAAGGAUCUUCUAAACAAAGCUUUUUCAACAAAGGAUCUCCUAAACACAGUAAAGAAUCUGCAGAUAUCAAGGGCGAUAUCGUAAUACGGUUGGAAGCAAUCGCUAUUGGGAACGGCUUAAUUGACCCGUACCACAUGAUGCACUACUCAGACUACAUGUACCAGCUAGGAAUGAUCGAUGACAACGGUCGAACCGAGCUCCAAGGUCUUGAAAAGGAAACAAGAAAGAACAUCAAUAACAAAAUGUAUACCAAGGCCGUGGAUCACUGGUACCUUAUUAUGAAAACAAUUAAGGACUGGGCAAAACUGAAAGAGACAUACAACUUUGUUCACGACGCCGACGACUCCACGGCGUGGCAACAAUUCCUGGAAAAAGCCACGACGAGGAAACUGAUCCACGUAGGCAACCAAACGUUUCACUACAUCAACAAAGAGGUUCCCAAGCGCAUGAAGGACGAUAUCAUGAGGUCUGCAAAGCCGGCGAUCGAAUUUCUUCUCAAGAAUGAAGUCUGCGACGUCGUGAUCUACUCCGGGCAACUGGACGUCCUCUGCGCCUACCCGCUGACUGUGAAAGUCUUCCAGAAACUCGAGUGGCAACACGCCGAUGACUACAAGAAGGCUGAGAGGUGCUACCUGGAGGUGGACGGGGAAGUCGUCGCCUACCGUAAGUCGGCCGGUCGUUUCAUCGAGAUUCUGUUCCGUGGCUGCGGACACAUGGUGCCCGCAGACUGCCCGAAAGUGGCGUCCAGGUUCUUGGACGUGUUUGUCAAUCAGAGAAGGAAUCUCAAGUGUUCGAAUGGAGCAGAGGAGUCUGAUUCUGAUGAUGAUGACUGAGCAAACUUUGGGCAGUAUGAUAAAAACUAGAGUACCGAUAUAGCGAGAGUGUAGACAAAAUGGACCGCGUAAAACAGAAAGGAACCAAGCCACAUCAGCUAUUGCCAAAUUUAAUUGGGCAAUUUAACGUGUUACAUGAAAACGGUUGUGCGGAUUUUCGUGCAAAUUUCAUUGUAAAUACU